AUGGACACCCGUAUCGCCCUCCGCUCCGUGACCCUGAUCACAGGGUUCCUGAUCAUGCUGGUUUCGGGUGCUCUGUUUGCGUUUUCGUCCAUCGGCGAGGAUCUCGAGACUCGGUUCCAGUACACCUCGCAACAAGUCAACUUUAUUUCGGCCUUUGGAAAUGCCGCCCUGUAUCUCUGCUAUUUGGCAGUCGGCCCCAUUUAUGACGCCAGAGGCCCGGUCGUCACAAUGAUCGUGGGCGCAGUCACCUUUGGGGCCGGGUUCCUUUGCAUGAGUCUGGCCUAUGACGGCUCCAUCACCGGCGGCGGUGCCGGAUACGGUGCCAUGGCGUUCUACUACUUUGUAUGCGGCUUUGGAUCGACGGCGGUAUACAUGGCUGCCCUCGCCGUCAACAUGGCCAACUUUCCCAUCACACUCGGCGGCAUGAUCAGCGGCAGUCUCGGGCUCGCCUACGCUCUCUCUGCGACACUGUACAGCCAGAUCCGCGCCAGCUACUAUGCCCAAGACGUCUCGGGCUAUCUCCAUUUCGUCACCGUCUCGGUCUUUGCUGUCAGCAUCGCAGGCGCAUUCUCGCUCUUCAAGGUGCCUCUGACAAUGGCCGAGCAGGCCAGACCCAAAGGGCCCGAGAAGGUCCAGGUGGUUGUCGCAGACAAGUUCCACAUCGGCUCGACCAACACAAUCGAUGAGCGGUCCCACAUCAUCCAGCCGAGGCUGUCCGCCACCAAGCAGGCGCCGUGGGGCUCCAAGCACCAUCUCGGCGCCGACGACGAAGCCAUGACCGCUUCUCCCAAACGCGUCUCGGUCGCCAAACCAGGGCCGGCCCCUGAGGUCGAGGGCAUGACCCCACUCGAGAUCCUGAAAUCGCCGCUCUUCCACAUCUAUGCAACAAUCUGCAUCUUCCAGCAGGGGCUGACCUACUACAGCAACGUCGCCACCAUCGUCCAGGCUCUGCACCCCAACACCGACACCGCCUCCAGCAUUGCCACGCACGUCACCAUUCUCUCCAUCGCCGGCUGCUUUGGUCGCCUGGGCUUUGGGGGCGGAUCCGACGUGAUGAUCAAGUACCUCCGGCUGGACCGGUCUCUGCUGCUCCUGGUGGCCACCGUGAUCCAAUGGAUUCCCCUGUUCAUCCUAGGCUUUGGAGGAAACGUUAGCGACGGCGCCCUGAUGCUAUGCUCAGUCAUGGUGGGCGUUGGAUACGGAGCCUCGGGCUCGCUGUUCCCGGCACUGAUCGCGGACUUUUUCGGAUUCAAGAGCUACGGCACAGCCAGCGCCUUCACCCUGAUCGGAUGCCCCGUCGGUAUCUUCCUCUCCAACAUGCUCUUUGGCUACUUCAACGACCGAGCUACUCAGCAAAACUGCUCUGGAUCAGCCUGCUAUCAGAGCGCCUUUAUCGUCUUUGUGGGUCUGCAAGCCGUAACGGUGCUGCUGUCGUGCGCGCUAUAUUGGAAGCGAGGCCGGGAUAAACGAAGGGCUCUCGGGCUGGUGCAUCCGAUGUGAGGAGGGGGCGGUGGAUGGGCCCCGAUCGCUGAUAGCAGUUGCGUUGACGAACGAUUCCAUGCCUCGGCCGGAUGCCGAUCGAGUCUUGCCAGGGUGUAUAUAUGGAGUAUCACCAGGGCAGGAAGUCUCGGGCAUGGAUGAAUUGCUCAAAGUACUUGGCGAACCAGAGUCUCCGUGGGUCGGAUGCAUAUCGCUUCCCUUGCUUCCAGGGG